AUGUCCAACUUCCAACAAUACACACUGGAGCUCGAAGAGCUUGACAGGCAAUUCAAGACACAAAACCCAACCGAUGUGCUUCAAUUUUGUUACAAUUACUUUGGCAACAGAUUGCAACAACAAAGACAAUAUUUGUGGAGUCAAAAGCAGAAAGCUGAUACUUUGGGCUUGACACUUUUUCCUUCGACUGAUGAGAUCGCCCGCGAUGUACAGCGCAAGUCAGUUCCGCAGUUUAAGAACACCCUUUCGGAUAAUGACCCUCACACGAAAUACCAGACCCUCGAGUCAGAGGAUCCUCACCCAAUAUCAUCUGGGGAGCCAUCUGCGGGCCUUUUCAAGACGUCUUUUGAGUCGUCCCAGGCCUCGCCAUUCCAUACUACCACAUCCUCAUCGGGCUUUGCUGCGUUGUCUGCAAAGUCCACCAUGAGAAUCAACGCCAACAGGAGAACAAGUGUUUCUGCAGAAGCCCUGAACCCCGAGACAUUUGGUGAAGAUGGGUGGAAGCCUCCUGUGCAUCAGUUCACGUCUGAGCAGUUGCAAAGGUUAAAUGCCAGCGUCGUCAAGAACUUCUUGUUCAGUCAAUUGGACGAAGACUCGCUCAAAACAAUCAUAUUUGCUCUGGAAGAGAAGCGCGCACCUCAAGGAACAGAGAUCAUUAAGCAGGGAGAUGAAGGAGACUUUUUUUAUGUGGUUGAGAAAGGAACAGUUGAUUUUUUCGUGAACGGCCAGAAAGUUAACAGUUCUGGACCUGGCUCCUCUUUUGGAGAAUUGGCCCUCAUGUACAACUCGCCUAGAGCAGCGACUGCUAUUGCUCAGACCGACUGUAUCCUGUGGGCAUUGGAUAGAAUGACGUUCAGAAGAAUUCUGCUGGAAGGAACUUCCAAGAAAAGAUCCAUGUACGAGAAAUUCCUCAAAGAAAUUCCUCUCCUCAAAUCUCUGUCGUCAUACGAGCGCUCGAAGCUUGCAGACGCACUCAACUCGGAAUUCUAUUCUGUUGGGCAAAAUGUCGUGACAGAGGGAGAAGCUGGUGAGAAUUUCUACUUCAUUGAGAGUGGAACUGCAGAUGUUAUCAAAUCUGGUGAGGGUGUGGUGUCGAAACUUAACAAGGGUGACUAUUUCGGAGAGCUUGCACUGCUAUAUGAUUCUCCUAGACAAGCAACCGUCAAGGCCACUAGUCCACUGAAAGUUGUCACUCUUGGAAAGAGCGGAUUUCAGAGACUUUUGGGACCUGCUGUUGACGUGCUCAAAUUACAGGACCCUACAAAACAUUGA